AUGAGCACUCUGGCCUACGUCUUGAUAGAGGGCCUGCGUCGCCUCGGCCUGGAAGGAAGCGACUGGGCGAAGAAACAAUGCGGAACGAUCCGCAGUCAACUUCUCAAGAUCGGAGCCGUUGUCAUUCGCAACACCCGCCGCAUCAAAGUCCAUCUCUCCAGAGCGCAUCCAUGCCGUUCUGGAUUCCAACUUGCAGAACGCUCUGCCACUGGUCUCGGCCGCGCCUUCUCCGGUGAAUCCGCAAUUGGUGACGACGCCUCCAUCAUCGCCUCCAACCCUGCUGGCAUGGUCUUUCUUGAUGAUCGCGAAGUUUCAGCCGGACUCUCAGCCAUCCUUGGCCACGUCAAUGUCUCUGGUUCCAGCCCAAUAGGUCCUGUGUCAGACAACCCACUCCCUGACACCUACGUUCCGUUCUUUUAUGCCGCUCAGCGGUUAAAUGAUAAAUUCAGUUUCGGCGUUGCGACCUUCACCACCUAUGGACUAGAAACAGACUAUUCAAAUUCAUUUUCCGCCGGAGCCAGCACUGACUUAAGCCAGCUGAUCUCUGUCAACUUUAACCCCUCACUCUCCUACAAAGUUAACGAUCAACUCAGCAUCGGAUUUGGUAUUAAUGCGCUCUAUGCCGAUGGAAACAUCACCUCUGUCAUCCCGGGAUCGGGAGCCAACCUUUUCAAUCUCGAAGGUGACGAUUUUGGCUUCGGCUACAACAUCGGCAUACUCUACCAAGUGAAUGAAAACACCCGCUUCGGACUCCACUAUCGUUCUUCUAUCGAUCUCAAUAUUAAUGGCACCGCAGAUCUAGGAGCCCCUCUUGGAGGAGCCGUCGUUCCUGCCACCUUAGAUGUUGAACUUCCCGAUAUCAUUGAAUUCAGCGCCUACCACCGCGCUAGCCAGAAAUGGGCCUUCCACGGUGAUAUCUUAUGGACAAACUGGAGCAAAUUCCGCGAGCUCGCCCCGAAAACAGGACUUCCUAUCGAUGCUCUCUUAGCCGUUCCGCAAAACUACGAAGACACCUUCCGCCUCUCGGUCGGUGCUACCUACUACCAUAACGAGACUUGGACAUUCCGAGCCGGCGUCGCCUUCGACGAAGGUGCCGCAAACAACGAAGACCGCACCCUGCGUAUCCCUGAUGCUGACCGUAUCUGGGCCUCCAUCGGCCUCACUUAUAAGAUUAAUGAUAACUACAACCUAGACAUCGGCUACACCCGCCUAUUUGGUGACGAUGUUCCCGUCUUUGAAACUGACUCUGGUGGCACUACCCUUUUCGACGGAAGUGCAGGCGGUGACGUCGAUCUCAUCGCCAUCGGGAUUAGUGGAACCCUCUAA